UGUUUCACUCUUGGAGAUCUUCAGUGAUCUUGAUAUCAGUUGCUGUUUUGCACAUUGUAAUCGCUGGAAUAUUGAUCGCUGUUUUUGUUCAUAAAAAGAGAGAGCUCAUUCCACAUUUACAGAAGCAGAUUAUGAAAAGAGAGACCAUAUUAAUGAGACAAUAUGCAGUGAAUGUGACUCUGGAUGCUGAUUCAGCUCAUCCUCGUCUCACCGUGUCUCAUGAUGGCAAACAUGCGAGAUAUGAAGAAAAACAACAUGAAAGAGUGAAGAAUGAAGAUAUAGGACAAAAUAACAAGUUUGAUUCACGUCCCUGUGUUGUUGGAAAUGAAGGAUUCUCUUCAGGGUGUUUUUAUUAUGAGGUGCAGGUGAAGGGGUUAACUAGAUGGUUUGUGGGCGUGACCAGAGAAUCUGCUGAGAGGAAGGGAAGGUUCGAUCUGAAUCCUCAGAAUGGAUACUGGGCUGUGGGUUUGAGAUAUGGGCAGUAUUGGGCUGGUGAAAAUCAUGUUCUUCUUUCUCUGAGUGUGGAGCCUGAGAGGAUCGGGGUGUUUGUGGAUUAUGAGGAGGGUCGAGUCUCAUUUUAUGAUGUGUAGUCCAUGUGUUAUAUUUACUCUUUUACUGAUCAAUCUUUCACUGAGAAACUAUAUCCUGUUUUAUCUUUAGGUUAUAAAUCAUGUGACAAAUCUGGUCCAAUCAUCAUCUGUAGUGAUCUCUCAUGAUGAGAUCUGAUAAACAUCUGAUCUGAAAAUAAACGGAUGGGAGAAAACUAAACAUACGGACAGAAUAAACAUUUUCAUGAAAAACAGGAUAUCGCUUCAGGAGUAAAAAAAAUGAGGAAAUAGAAACUCAUGACUGCAGUUUGUCUUUAAGCAUCUUGAAUGUAGAUGUGUGUGUCUCAACAUUAUCGCCUAUAUGUUCACAGUAAAGAACACACUGAUAAAUAUCUGUGUCAAUGUGAGA